UGUGUAAGGCGUGUGGCGUGGAAUAAAGUCCUGAGUGCGCGCAUACGCAACGACCACGAGCGGGUUACCAAACUAUUGGAGAAAGACAAAGAGAAGACCUCUGCUGAGCAAGCCACUGCCACUCGCGUACUGUGUUCUAUAGCUGGAUUCAAAGCGUGGAUGAAGGUCGGUUAG